GCUCGUUAGCACAGGCUCCGUAGACUACCAGGACCGUGUCCAGCUUUCCACUAAGUCACCCUCAAAGCCAUAAACGCGCCAUCAUGAGGCUAACUCCACAAGUCAUCACCAAGGCACCCACCGUGUUGAACCCAGAAGGGCAGCUCACGCUCCAGCUACGCAACCUCCAGAUUCCCUACAUCGAGAACCUCGGCAUCACUCAAGAUAAGUACACAGUGAUCGACUUGACUAACAAUGACAUCAUUGAGCUAGCCAACGUUCCUGGAAAUUUCACCAACCUCGAAGUAUUGCUUCUCGCCAACAACAAUGUUGCCUACAUCGACGACAACUUUCCCGAAGAAAACAACCUCAGGUCGCUCUCUCUCAUCAACAACAACUUCAGCAAGAUACCGUUGAAGGCAGGACAGAAACUUUCCGUGCUUGAAAACUUAGCGUUGAUAGGAAAUCCCAUAUGUAAGACCCAGCAUUACCGAGAGUACAUCAUCUGGUUGAUCCCGUCGUUGAAGGUGUUGGACUUUAGAAAGGUGAAGGAUGCCGAGAGAACGUCGGCAAAGGCACUCUUUGGCGAGAGCCACGAGGAAUUGACGGAAGUGGCAUUGUCGUACUUGGGCAAGCAGGCUAAAGCAGAGGAAAAACCCGUCCAAGGAGCAGACAAGCAGUUGACGAGCGUGGGGAGGAAGUUGAGUGAGAACGAGAAGAAGGAGUUGAUGCAGAGAUUAGAGCACGCUGAGAGCUUGGACGAGAUUGAGGAGAUCGAGAGGACGUUGAGAGAAGGCAAGGUAUAGGGCUGUAGGCUUGAGGAUAGGAGACAAUGCAGAGGACCUGAAAGGGACAAUCCCAUGCUUGAAUGUCUUUGUUGGGGCCAGAACCCAACCCAGCUUUAUCAAUGAUCAGAGAUACUACGCUACAGACCCAAACGUGUUCUUCUUGGUCUUCUUUACUCGAAGAGAAAACAGCUCCUGUCAGCUCUUCCUGACGUCUCUGCCGUUCCCCCACCCCGAAAACCUCUCCUGCUGGCUCGCUAGCAUCGCAUGUAUAGUAAUGUACCAUAGAAGCAAUGAAGAUCCACUUGCCGUAGCCAUCUAUAAUCAAUGCCAAGUACUCCAAAGAGAAUAUCCACGUCCGUUUGGGCUCACCAGCCUGCUGGACCAAAGUAGCCUCCUUCAGUGCCUCCUCCAGUGCCUCCUCCAGUGCCUCCUGCGACUCCUAACUGUGCCACUCCGUCCCUCCAUGAGCCUCUUCACAGUCCU